UUGUCCCAUUCAGUUCUAGAAUGGAAUGUGUUUUGAGCGUUCCCCCAUUCCGUCUGGGCCGAUCCAAGACUGUAUACUGUGGUAAUGGUCGUUGCGGAUCGCGCUUAUCUACACACGAGUUCCCAUGGCUGAACGCCCCAUUCGACGUAGUACUGCAACAGCAACAAGCUCAGUUUAUCGGUGCGUGCCUGCGGGAAAUGUUCUGCGGAAAACUUUCGCCUAGCAUGGCCAACAUCGUGUACAUUCUUUCCUGUUUGGUGAUCUUGCUUGCUACGCCACGCUCGGUGGAUAUGCGGCUGUUCAGCAUUGACUACGACAACAACACCUUUGUGAUGGAUGGUAAACCCUUCCAGUACGUGGCCGGCUCGUUCCACUACUUCCGCGCACUGCCCGAAAGCUGGCCAUCCAUCUUGCGGUCGAUGCGCGCUGCCGGUCUUAAUGCAAUUACGACAUAUGUGGAAUGGUCUUUGCACAAUCCCGCGGAAGGCGUUUACAAUUGGCAAGGAAUGGCCGAUAUCGAGAAUUUUAUGGAGCUGGCCGAUAACGAAGGACUGUACGUUAUUCUGCGCCCGGGACCAUACAUUUGUGCUGAGCGCGAUAUGGGCGGAUUCCCAUCAUGGUUGUUACACAAAUAUCCAAACAUACUGCUCCGAACGAACGAUAUCAAUUAUCUGCGGGAGGUACGGACCUGGUAUGCACAGCUGCUGUCCCGUCUGCAAAGGUUUCUUAUCGGACAAGGUGGUCCGAUCAUUAUGGUACAGGUUGAGAACGAGUACGGAUCGUUUUAUGCGUGCGAUCAUAAAUACCUGAACUGGUUGCGUGAUGAGACGGAACGGUACGUGAUGGGCAAUGCGGUACUCUUUACCAAUAAUGGACCGGGACUGGAGGGAUGCGGUGCGAUAGAGCAUGUGCUGAGCUCGCUCGAUUUUGGACCGGGAACAGAGGACGAAAUUAAUGGCUUUUGGGACACGUUGAGAAAAACACAGCCCAAAGGACCGUUGGUCAAUGCGGAAUACUACCCGGGAUGGUUAACGCACUGGCAGGAAUCACAUAUGGCCCGCACCGAAACCAAGCUGGUCGCCGACAGCCUGGACUUUAUGUUGCGCAACAAGGUCAAUGUAAACAUUUACAUGUUUUACGGCGGUACCAACUAUGGAUACACGGCGGGAGCUAACAAACAGGGUCCUGGAGAAUACGUGGCUGAUAUCACCUCGUACGACUACGAUGCGCCACUGGAUGAGUCCGGUGAUCCAACGCCAAAGUACUUCGCUCUUCGUGACAUCAUCUUGAAGUACUUUCCGAAGCCCGAUGUACCUGUUCCAGAACCAGCACUCAAGAUUCAACUUCCACCCUUAACAAUGAGCCGAUUAGGAAGCAUACUUGAGCCGGCACUACUUGAUCGUCUCUCCACUCAAACUGUCACCAACCAUUUACCCAUGUCGUUCGAAGCGUUAAACCAAAUCUCUGGCUUAGUACUAUACGAGGCACUCAUACCGGACGACAUCAAGACGGACCCACGCAAACUCGUCGUGGAGGGUGUGCACGAUCGGGGCUACGUAUUUAUUGGGGACCGGUACGUUGGGGUUCUAUCCCGCGAAAACCAAAUCAACACACUACCGCUCGCCCUAGACGCGGGUCAAACGUUGCGCAUUGUGAUCGAGAACCAGGGACGCAUCAACUUUGGGACCGCAAACGAUUCCAAAGGUAUCGUGGGGAACGUGUACGUUAACACGCGGGAAAUAUUUAACUGGACCAUGUACAGUCUACCGCUGAAUGAUUUUAAACCGAUUGCGCGUGCCAUAAGGUACCAGCGGAAGCAACGCAAUGGAGAUGUCGCACCAAGGGUAACUCCAAUGUCCGUAUACUAUGCAACAUUCGACGUUGAGGGAGAACUGGCUGAUACGUACCUCGAUCCAACUGGAUGGAGCAAGGGAGUGAUUUUUAUCAACGGAUUUAACAUCGGGCGCUAUUGGCCUACGGUCGGUCCACAGGUAACACUGUACGUCUCGAAACAUUUGCUAAGACCCAAAAACAACUAUCUUUCGAUUAUUGAAUAUCAGAAAGAGUGUGACUCUAUUCCGCCGAUAAAGUUUUCCAAAACACCAUCAUUCAACUGAGGAGGUAAGACGGACAGACGAUCGCUCUUGUAUCGAAACGGUGCUUCAGCAGACGUUAUCAUACAGUGAUUCUCGCUUAUCGUGCAUCGUUGAUCGUUGACCUGGUUUCAAUUCGUACGAAACUUCUAUUGCAGCAACUUCGACGACCACGGCACUCUGUGCCAAAUGGGACACACUCUUAAUACCAAACUGUGUAACUAAGUGGCCAGCUAUUUAAUCUGGGUUUUUACAAAGUAGAAUAAAACAAAUAUACACAUCCAAACGGAAAA